AAAAAAAAAAGAUAUUCGCUAACAAAGUUGUUUGUUUUUUUACAUUAAUUCACUAUUUUUUCACUCGUUUUGGUUUUUUUUUCCCCCUACAAAACUCAUCAAUUCGUGAUAUUUCUUCAUCAAACUGACACGUUAAAGUACUAAUUAGGUGAGUAACUUCGGAAGUUUUCCUUCAUAUUUAUUCCAUUAGCACAAGUUUUAACGUCUAAACCAAUUAUAUAUAUACAAGCAUCUCGAAAUAAUUUUCAUUAUGACGAGUAGAGAAACAAUUUUGUCAUCGGGGGAUGCGGAAGAUGAGGACAAGGACAAGGUAGAUGGUCUGCGUAAAAACUUACUCGAUGAAUUUUACAGCGAAACUAAUGACAACUUUGAAAAGCUAAAGGUCUAUUUGAGAGUUCGACCAUUCACACCUGAGGAACAACAGAACAAAUAUCGGAGCUGUCUGACAAUCUGUGGCAAGACGGUCACAGCUUGGGCCCCAAAGGAUUCCAACACGUACAAAAGCAACACUUACACUACCAACAAGAAUGUUCAGACAUUCAAGUUCUCAAGAAUUUUCGAUGAACAGACAUCACAGAGCGACUUUUACAGCGAAACCUGUCAGGGACUCGUGAAGAACUUCCUCAAUGGACAGAACUGCCUCAUGUUUGCUUAUGGAGUAACCAACUCGGGCAAGACAUACACAAUACAAGGUACACCGAAAGAACCAGGUAUAUUACCUCGUACGCUUGAGACAAUAUUCAGCCACAUCUCCGGUAAACUGUGGCACGGUCUCGACCUAAAACCAAAAAUGUAUUUAGACGUCAUAAAACUAUCGCCCACCUUUGAAGCCGAUGAAAAACAAAGAAAAGAAGAACUUUUGCGGUUAGCUUCUUUUGAUGAAUCUGAUAACCAGAGCACUUUUGCAGACAGUGGUCGUGAGUCAUGUACCUUAGAUGCCCAAGAGACCACCCACGAUUCUGAUGUUAAUGAAGAAGACUUGCUGCGUUCCACCCAUCUGGAUGACUCUGCGUUCUCGGGCCAAAUAAAGUAUUCGGUAUGGAUCAGUUUUGCUGAGGUAUACAAUGAGAAUGUGUUUGAUCUUCUGGUUACUCCUCUCCAUAAGAAGCGGAAUCCCUUGAAGUUGGGUCAGGACAAAAACAGUAACCAUUACAUUCGUGGUUUGACAGAAGUAAAUGUUUCAUCCAUUGAAGAGGCCCAGAAAGUGUUGAUUCUUGGCCAGAAAAAUCUCCACAAAGCUGCCACAAAACUCAAUCACAAUUCCUCUCGAAGCCAUUGUAUAUUUAAUAUCAAACUUGUACAAGUUGUUAACAGAAAGAACCCAAGUGUGGCUAAAGUGAGCAUGUUGUCUCUCUGUGACUUGGCAGGUAGUGAGCGUACGUGUAAGACCAAUUCCACAGGUGAUCGUCUGAAAGAGGCUGGCAACAUCAACACUUCACUGCUGACACUUGGCCGGUGCAUUGAGACAAUGAGAAGUAAUCAGUUAAGAAAGGAGUUUCCAAAGUUGAUUCCUUACCGAGACAGCAAGUUGACCCGUCUUUUCCAGGGUUUCUUCAAUGGUCAUGGUGAGGCCAUAAUGAUUGUCAACGUGAACAAAUGCAGCACUUUGUUUGAUGAAACUCUGCAGGUGUUCAAGUUUUCGGCUAUUGCCAAGCAGGUAGUCAUUCAAAAGGACCCACUGAAGUCACCGUCUGUCAACAUCUCACCCGUGCUCCCUGUCAAGCCUCUCUCAAACCUUGAAAGGGAUUCUAUACCCUGGGCUACAGAUGUCAUUUUCAACGAACCACAUCCAUCUGAUGUUGAACCACAUCCAUCUGAUGUUGAAGACGAAACUUUUGAAGAAGAAGAACUCACCGAAAGAGAGAGUGGAUUGUUGAACAUCAUAGAGACGUGCAAGACAAAGAUUUCUUGGCUACAGAAAUUGUUGACCGAGGAGAAAAAGAACCGAAUGUUGGACGAAAUAAAGAUACGAGAAGAAGUGACCAAGGAGGUGAUGAAACAGUUUGUUAUCAUUGAAAAGAGUUACAAUGAAAAACUCCGUGCCAGUCAGCUGGAAGCAGAAGAAAGGUCCAAUCGGUGUGUAUUGAAGAUGCUGAACACCGUAAGCUCCAAGAAGCGUUCUCAUGAUGAGGUGGAGAGUGAAGAGAAAGUUGUACCUUUGCAUGUGUUUGAAGAACUGCAAGAGAAGAAACAGGAAUGUGAAUUGAAAAUCGAAAAACUAAACCAACAGCUCGAAUCAACAAAAGCUCAGCUGCGAAGGCUGACAUUGGAUCGUUCUGCAUUGCAAUCAGAGAAGACCUCCUUACAACUGCAAUUAGAGGUUCCUGGUCUCUACAAGAAUACGGUGGAUAAUACAAGUAUGGGCGACAACAUUGAACAGGCAAAUGUCUUGAACAAAUUGACCAGUAUGCUCAGAGACACCCAAGAAAAACUGGGAAAUAAGGAAUCUGCCGUGAAUGAAUUGGAAGAGCAGCUCGAAGAAGCUGGUGAAACUUUCAAAGAACAACAAGAGAAGAUAGAGCAGCUGGAGAAGAUGGUGAAAGAAAUGAAGAAGACAUCGACAGAAUGCAAAGUGUGUCUGGAGAGAAGUGAAGCUGGGUCGCCAGUCGGGUCAAAAGCUAAAUUGCAGAAGAUGGAGUCUGUUCCGGAAAAGGCAUCAGGUACAAACACUACUCUUCCUUUUCAAGGCACAACCAAUGAAAAACGAGUUACUAGGAAAAUGGUUUGUAAUGGUAUGGCUGCAAAUGGACACAGAACUAAUGAUCUCAUCACCACCAGUGUCCGUGGUGUCGUUGUGGAGAAGGCAGACGAGUCUCGUGUGCUACGGCUUUUGCUCAACAAUACCAAUAGCAGUAACUUGGUUCCAACACCGACAAAGACCAGCUUGCUACGCAUGAAGAAAUUUUCUUUGAAACAGUCUGACAUUGAAAAUAGCCCACCUGGUUUUGUUGGUAAGCUUAAUAAGGGAGGCAAGAAGAAAGAGAGCUUGCGGCAUCGUUUGCUGGCGCCGAUCUGCUCCAAUCUGAUUGCUGACAAGAAAAAGAAGAAAGGCGAAAUAAGGAAUCGGCGCCGCUCUAGUUUAGUUUGCAAUAAACGUACUUCUCUUGAUAUAAGCAAAAAAUAUAAUUUACGAAGCAAAAGAUGAUUCCAUUUUAGAUUAAUUUAAACAGGAAGAUUAUACCAAAAUAAUUAGGGGCUGUCUUGGGUAAAUUGAUACCAGAAAGGUUAAUAAUGUGUAUACUAUUUAUGGUGAAAUAAAACAUAUUUUAGAAACGUAACAUUAUGUAGCAGAAUGAAAUAUUGUAAUGAUCGGGCAAUUUGUUCAUUGUGAGCCUUGCAGCUACAGUGAACUAGAAAAGUUUCAAUAUCUGAUAGCAGAUGUUAUUGACAAGGGUCAGAUUUCAUUACAAUAUUAAAACAUUUGCAGGUCUUUCACUUUCCUUGGCUAAAACCAAGUUCAACUAGUUUAAAAAGUGGCACCUUUUAGAAUUAUCAUAAAUAAGAUAUAGCAAUUAGAUUUGUCUGUGGCUCCCAAAUGUCUCAAUUUUUUAAUAUGUUCAUAUCAUCUCUAAACGUGAUACAGACAAAACUGUUGUGGAAAACCAAUAUUAUACCAUCUGAAUCAAAGUUGCAAAUUUUGUAGUUGGUAGUUUUAUACAAGACAAUCUCAAAUUUAGAGGAAGUGACGCAAAAACAAAUGUCUUUAAAGCAUCAAUGGCCAUGUUAUUUCAGAAGCAGGGGAAGGUUCCUUUUAUCAUUAUUAUUUAAAUUUUUUUAAUUUUUCGAGAUUUCUUUUAAUUUGCUGGAGUAUGUCGUGGAUAAUAAUACUGAAUUGAUUGUGAAUCUGUGUAAUAACUACCUGAAUUACGAUGAAUGUCUGCAAUCAGUCUGUUGUGGAUGAGAUGUGAGGACUUGAAUUAACCACUGUGUGUGUGUGUGUAAUUUUGAUCAGAGAUUAAAUGAAAGCUGAUUUAUCUCUUACAUAUCAUUGUCCAUGAUGUUUGGUGUUGACAGUGAUGAUGAUUGUCGUGAAUGUGACAGAUUUUUUUGAAAGAAUCAGAAAUUAUGGAAUAAAUUUGUAAAGGUCCCGGCAAA